AUGCGUUUCUCCAUUGUCCUGUCCGGCCUCUUCGCCGCCCUGGCUGCCGCCCAGUCGAGCUCCAGCGCUGCCCAGGCCCCGUCCGGGACCCAGUCGCUCAGCCCUGCCCAGGCCUCUCAGGUUGCCUGCAUCAAGGCCUGCAAGGCUGGUGACGUUGACUGCCAGGCUCACUGCAUUGCUGUGCCCUCGCCCAACCAGUCCCAGGUCAACGCCACCACGCAGUGCGUCGCCAAGUGCCCCCAGGGCAACGGCAGCGCUGCCCAGACGCAGAUCUACAAGACGUGCAUUGACAAGUGCAUCAACGACCACUACUUCGUCACCUCUGAGGGCACUCCCCAGGCCACUGGCGCCCCCGGCAACGACAACCAGGCUUCGGGCACCGCUACUGACUCUGCCGCUGCUCCCACGGGCACCGACAGCUCCGCGACUGACUCCGAGUCCACUGGCACCGCGACUGGCACCGCCACCGGCACGUCGACUCGCACCAGCACCUCUACCAGGACCAGCUCUGCCUCUGCUAGCGCCACGACCAACGCUGCUCCUGCCAUGAUUGCCUCUGGCGGUGCUCUGAUGGGUGUCUUUGCUGCCCUGCUGGCUUUGUAA